AUGGACGUACUUUCAGUGGGUUCGCUCAGCGACCCAGAGCCGUCUCCGCGAGGAAAGUCGCGCUCCCGUACUCGGACUCGGAUGAAUACCAGGAAGGACUACAUCGUUGGCAUCUGCCUCCUUCUCGUUGUCGUGGUGCUAUGGACUUCUUCUAACUUCCUGACGCAAGGUCUCUUCGAAGAUGGCUAUGAGAAACCUUUUCUUGUAACUUAUCUGAACACUAGCGCCUUUGCCUUAUAUCUGCUCCCUUUCGUCAUCCGUAGAGCUCUGGACCGGAGUAAGACAGAGUCUUUGCAUAGCGAUAGAAGAGAGUACCGGCCGCUUGCUGCGGAUGCAGAGGCCGCAUCGGAGACGCUUAGUUCUUCGGCACUUGAAUCUGAGGAGCUGAACCCAGCCACCACCGAACUUGUCCCGUUAACCAUACACGAAACGGCCAAACUUGCUGCUUGGUUCUGCUUGCUGUGGUUCAUAGCCAACUGGUCUGUUAACGCAGCUCUUGACUACACUAGUGUUGCCAGCGCAACCAUUCUCUCGAGCAUGAGUGGCUUUUUUACACUGGGUAUCGGGAGAAUUUUUCGAGUUGAAGCAUUGACUAUUGUCAAGAUUGUUGCGGUCAUAACCAGUUUUUCGGGUGUCGUGUUGGUGUCACUCUCCGAUUCCUCACAGCCCCAACCGUCUGGCCCACUGCCGUCUAUCGUCUCUCGCAGGGACUCUUCGUCUACGUUUGCUUCAGCGCCCGUGUUAGGAGACUCUUUGGCGCUUCUUUCCGCGCUAUUCUAUGCCCUCUAUGUGAUCUUGCUCAAGGUUCGCAUUCGGUCGGAAUCGAGGAUAGACAUGCAGCUUUUCUUCGGCUUUGUUGGUCUGUUCAACAUUCUGUCCUGCUGGCCCAUUGGCUUGGUUCUUCACUUCACUGGGAUUGAGCGAUUUGAGUUGCCCCAUAGCACCAGAGCAAUUGUCGCUCUCCUGAUCAAUAUGGGGAUUACGCUGUCAAGUGACUACAUCUAUGUCCUUGCCAUGCUGAAGACAACGCCGUUGGUUGUUACGAUCGGCCUCAGUCUUACGAUGCCUCUCGCAGUCCUUGGAGAUUUCAUUCUCCAGAAGCCCGCAGCCAUCCAAGUGAUUAUCGGAGCCGUAGUCGUGCUACUGAGCUUUGUACUUGUAGGCUGGGAAGAUUCACAAAAUGAUGAGGAGCAGGACAUUAUUACUGGAGAAAGAUUAGGAGGUGGGACAGCGGGAAGUGUGCGUCUGGACGAGGAGGUCGUACUGCAGUCAGAGGACUCUGGAUCAUAG